AUGUGGUGUUAUAAUCCACUUUCAAACACGCAAUUCUUCUUUUUUAAUCAUGAAUCAUUUGCAGACGGAUUCCUGAAGACUGACAUUAGUUUAUGUCACAUGAGAGCAACGAAUCAACGGGAGAUCGUCAUUGAACAAAAUCCGACAAGGUUAAGUCAGCAUCGCUUUGGAAAUCUUAAACACGAUUUGAGUAACACUUUAUGGAUGAAUUAA